GCACAAGCCUUGAUUUAUGCUGGAAUGGCAGGGUCCAACUUGGAAAAUAUUCAAGAAAAAAUAAAUGAGUACUUGGAGAGAGUUCAAGCUCUCCAUUCAGCAGUUCAGUCACAGAACACAGACCCUCUGAAGUCAAAACAACAGUUGGACUUGGAGCGUGCUCACUUCCUAGUUACACAGGCUUUUGAUGAAGAUGAUAAAGGCAAUGCAGAAGAAGCGAUAGAGUUGUACACAGAAGCGGUGGAACUCUGUUUGAAAACAGCUACUGAAACUUCAGAAGCAGGCCUCCAGUCAAAACUGAAACAGCUGGCUCGACAAGCACUGGAUAGAGCAGAGGCACUGAAGGAAUCUGUGUCAAAGUCAUCUCAGAAGGAGAAGUCGUCUGCAGCUAAACCAAAUCAGCCAGUCAGAACAUUCUUUCCAUUGGGACCUGAUUUUUCUUUAAAUGAUAAACCGCAGACAAUCAGAGCAGUACAAGCUAGUGAAUCUCAAGGUCAGAGAUACACUGCAGAGGAGAUUGAAGUCCUCAGGAAAACUUCAAAAAUUAAUGGCAUUGAAUAUGUACCUUUCAUGAGUGUUGAUCUGAGGGAACGUUUUGCCUUCCCUAUGCCAUUUUCUGAUAAAUGUGGGAAGUUACCAUUAUCCCCCAAACAGAAAGCAAUGUUUGGCAAAUGGGUGCGACCAGAUGACAUAACAAAUAACCCUACGAUGAUUUAUACUGUAUCAAGUUUCAGCAUAAAGCAGACAAUAGUGUCAGAUUGUUCUUUCGUGGCAUCACUAGCUAUCAGUGCAGCAUAUGAAAGAAGAUAUAACAAAAAAUUGAUCACAAGUAUAAUUUACCCACAGAAUAAGAAAGGAGAACCAGAAUAUAAUCCAUGUGGCAAAUACAUGGUGAAGCUUCAUAUCAAUGGUGUACCUAGAAAGGUAAUCAUAGAUGACCAGUUACCUGUUGAUCAUAGUGGAGAACUUCUCUGCUCUUAUUCUAACAAUAAGAAUGAAUUAUGGGUAUCACUAAUAGAAAAGGCUUACAUGAAGGUCAUGGGAGGAUAUGAUUUUCCUGGAUCAAAUUCUAAUAUUGAUCUCCAUGCACUGACUGGUUGGAUACCUGAAAGAAUUGCUAUGCACUCUGACAAUCAAGCUUUCAAUAAAGAUAGUACUUUCAGAAUGCUUUAUCAGAGAUUUCACAAGGGAGAUGUCCUUAUCACAACAGCAACAGGGGUGAUGUCUGAAGAGGAAGGAGAAAAAUGGGGUUUAGUUCCAACCCAUGCUUACGCAGUCUUGGAUAUAAGAGAAUACAAGGGACUUCGAUUUCUUCAGUUGAAAAAUCCCUGGAGCCACUUACGUUGGAAGGGACGAUACAGUGAAAAUGACACAAGAAAUUGGACCCCAGAUUUACAAAGAUACUUGAACUUUGAUCCAAGAACAGCUCAGAAAAUAGACAAUGGCAUUUUCUGGAUUGCCUGGGAGGACCUGUGCCAGUACUAUGAUGUUAUUUAUUUGAGUUGGAACCCAAGUCUUUUUAAAGAAUCUACAUGUAUUCACAGUACUUGGGAUGCAAAGCAAGGUCCGGUGAAGGAUGCCUACAGCCUGGCUAAUAAUCCUCAGUACAAGCUAGAGGUCCAGUGCCCACAAGGUGGUGCUGCCGUCUGGGUUCUGCUUAGCAGGCACAUCACAGACAAGGAUGACUUUGCACACAAUCGGGAAUUCAUUACGAUGGUUGUAUACAAGACCGAUGGCAAAAAAGUUUACUAUCCAGCUGAUCCUCCUCCAUAUAUUGAUGGUAUUCGGAUCAACAGUCCUCAUUACCUGACCAAGAUAAAGCUGACCUCUCCAGGGCCCCAUACGUUUACCUUAGUGGUGUCCCAGUAUGAGAAACAGAACACUAUCCAUUACACCAUCAGGGUGUAUUCCUUGUGCAAGUUCACCUUUUCCAAGAUUCCUACACCUUACACCAUUUCCAAACGGGUUAAUGGACAGUGGAAAGGUCACAGUGCUGGAGGAUGUGGAAAUUUCAGAGACACCUACAAGAAUAACCCCAUUUAUCAAUUCCAGCUGGACAAGAAUGGGCCAUUACUAAUUGAACUACGGGGACCAAGGCAAUACAGUGUUGGUUUUGAACUCAUCACAGUCUCAACAGUAGGAGAUCCUGGUUCCCAUGGCUUUCAGAAAAAAAGCAGUGGUGACUACAGGUGUGGAUUUUGCUACUUGGAAGUGGAGAACAUACUUGCUGGAGUUUACAACAUUAUCCCCACUACAUUCCUGCCCCAACAAGAGGGUCCUUUUUUCUUAGAUUUUAACAGUGCUACUCCUCUUAAGGUAUCACAGCUGCAGUGA